ACUGGUGUGUUGUGAGCGACAUCUAGUGGGACAUACUUGAUGUGUAGUAUAAACCAUUGAAACUUUACGACUCAAGUGGCUGUUUGUAGCUAUUUUUUGGUGAUCACUUUACGACACCAUUAAACGCUGAAAAAGACCAACACGUGAAAAGAGAUCGCUUUCAUCCCAUCUAGAAUGAGAGGUCAAAUUAAUCUUGCAAAUGAUCAAGGCCAAUUACUGACGUGUCAUCAUUGGCAGGUGCGACGAAACAUCGGUGGGCGCGGCUUAUGGUUCACGGGUGGACACUUCAAAAUGCAAGCGUCGAGCAGGUUGAGAACUAGUAAUGCUUUUUAAUUGAAUAGACAUGAGUUCAACAAAGCCAUACAUUGGCUGCAAAAUCGGGUUGCUUUCUAAAGCCCAAAAUCGCUAUGAGGGUAUUUUGUAUACAAUUGACAAAGUGAACUCUACGGUUGUGCUGGCGAAAGUCAAAUGUUUUGGAACGGAAGGGCGACCUACUGACAGACCUACACCUCCCAAAGAUGACAUCUACGAAUAUAUCACCUUCAGGGGAAGUGAUAUCAAAGAUAUCACAUUGUGUGAGGCUCCAAGGCAUCAUGGCUUACCUGCAGAUCCAGCAAUAGUUCAGUCCCAGUCAUCAAGCCCAGGACCUUCAAGUAUCUAUCCACCUCUUGGGCCGUUCAGUCCAAUGCAGGUGCCUGCCUUCAACCAGCUUGCUGCCAGUUCACUGCUCAAUCAACAGUAUGCUGCAGCUCUUGGCCUAGGUCAUUUGCUUCCAGGCUUGCAUAUUCAUAGAGGCCCCAUGGUGGAAAAGGCUGUUCAAACCCUCCGCGUGGAAGACUCCAGACAGCGAGGUUUGCCUGCUUCCCAGGAGCAGGAGCAGGAGCAGGCGCAGCGCUGGGAGAAGAGAAGGCCCUUCAGGACCAGAGGAGAAACAACUACCACUGCCAGAAGGGGCAUUGUAUCCAGCAUUAGGUCAGGCCCAGUGGUGCCCAAUGCUCGUCAAUCUUCUCAGCAGCAGAAUGAUGAAAGCAGGCCUCCUACCAGGCGUCGAGGUCCCCGAAGACGCAGAAACCGUAGUAGGGGCCCACUGAUGGUGGCGAAGGUUCCCUCGGCCACCCUCAAGUUUGACACCGACUUUGAUUUUGACUCCUCAAAUGCGCAGUUCAAUAAGGAGGAGCUGGAGAGGGAGGUGCAGGACAGGAUGAAUAUGAAAGAUGCAAAUACAGGAGAAAAACUAGGAGACGGAGCACACCUGAAUAAAGAGGAUGAUCAUUUUGGACCAAAGUGCUACUACAACAAAGCAAAGUCCUUCUUUGAUAAUAUCUCCUCUGAUAAAAAACUUAGGCUAACAUGGGCAGAGGAGCGUAAGCGUAAUCUGGAGACGUUUGGGGUCCCUGGGCGGUUUCGCAGGGGCCAAGGCUUCAGAGGCGGAUAUUCUGGACAAAGGGGAAGAGGUGCAGCUCAGACUCGAAUUCCUAACAGAAGCGGCAGUGGGCAGCUGUAAACGUCAAGGUUAAUGUAUGAGGGGGCACUCCCCCCAGCCCCCCAAACAUACAUAUACACACACACACACACACACACACACAUAUGCCCGAAGAGUGCUAUUUUUGUAAUGAUUAUGAAAUGGGGCUUUACCAUUUCUGUCUAAAAGUUUCUUUUCUUUAUAAUCUCUUUGAGGUGGUUAUUUUACACCCACAUUGCCAUCUUUAAUUUUCAUUCAAAGUUUGUCAUUAAUUUUCAUAGGACUGUAUAUUUGUCCAAGGUAGCUUUUGUUUUCCUUUUAAGAAAAGUGAAUGUCUAAGUUUUCUGUGACUUGCAGAUUAUCCCUCGUAAACAUUUUGUAUAGGCUUUUUUUUUUCCCCUGCAUGAAUUGUUUGGCAAAUGGUAACCUAAUUAACCUGACCUUGAUGCUUGUGAGGUUCACUUUUUCAUUUAUAUUUAAGCCAUGAAUACAAAUGAUGUAAAUAAACAGGAAACUGAUGAUAGAAUUGUGUAAUAUUCC